AGUAAAGUCGCGCGCACAAGCAAACCAAGGCAGCAAAUUCUUUUAUUUUAUUUUUUAUCGAACAAAUCAUUUUUUUCCUUCUGAUCUAGCUCACUAGGUUUUCUGUUUUUUGACUUCAGGUAUUAGUCCGGCAACUAAUACUGAACGUCUACGCAAUCUUCAUUGUUUUCUUUUUUAUCAUCAUCAGUGUGUGUGUUUUACACGCUUAAUUUGUACCGCUUCUCGGGUCUCAUCCCCGUUCCCUCUCUCUUUCUUGCUUUAUCUUCCUCUCCUCUUAUUUCAACGGCAUACCUCCCACGUGGUGCUCCGCUCUUUCUCUUUUUGGAAUCACUAUUUUCUCCCUCUCGUUUCAAUUCGUGCUCCUGUUUUGCAAUCUGUGUGACGCGUGUGUCUUUCCAGGACUCAAAAACAAAACUUUCUCUUUCAUCUUACUUGAGCCUCUUUACUAGUCGCAGCCGUCGCUUUAUUUCUUCCUUCUACAUCUUUUUCCGCCCUCUCACCGCAACAAUGCCACAUCGCGCCAGAGAGGAGAUGUCCGAUCGCGGCAGCCCCAACAGUGCCGCGCAGCGCACCUUCGCCUCCGCCCCCGUCCACCGCCCUCCCCGCCCACGCCACGCAGGACAGCCCCACCCAUGCGCGGCGCCUGGCCAUCGGCGUGGCGGCUGCUGUGGCGUGCUGCAGAAGGUGGCGAACGUGGCGGUUGGCAUCGUGCACACGAUUGUCCCGCCGGGUGGCAUUCUCUCCGGCGCCUUCAACAUGGCGAGCGCGUCCAUCGGUGCGGGUAUCCUGGGCCUGCCCUCCGCCACCGACUCCGCCGGCCUCAUUCUGGCUAUGAUCUACCUUGUCAUCAUCACGUACUUCUCCGUGUUCUCCAUGUACAUCCUUGCCCUGGCGGCGCAGAGCACCCGCAUCAAGAGCUUCGAGGGCAUGGCGCGCUGGCUGUUCCCGUACGGGAACUACGCCUUCUCCUACUGGGCCGCGUUCAUUCGUGUUUUCACUCCUUUGCAGCCGGCGUCGUCUACGUGAUCAGCAUGGGAGACUGCUUCUCAGCUAUUUUUGGCAGCGCCUUUGACAAGAACCCCAACAGCACCGCCCUCAAGUUCCUGGCGACGAAGGAGGGAAAUCGUGUAGUAACGAGCAUGGUGUGGCUGUGCGUGAUGGUGCCGCUGGUGGUGCCGAAGCACGUCGACUCCCUCCGCUACGCCUCCGCAACUGCGGUGACGUUUAUGGUGUACUUCGUCAUCGUGGUGGUCAUCCACAGCUGCCGCCACGGGCUGCCCGAGAAUGUGCACAACGUGAGGCUGGUCGGCAACCAGGAACACGACGUUGAUCUGGCCGUGAACGCGGUGUUUCUUUUCCGCACCGGCAACUCCGUCAUUCAUUCCGUCGGUGUGUUCAUGUUUUCUUACAUCUGUCAAAUCAACGCUUAUGAGAUAUUUUGGGACUUCAGGCCGGAGAUUCGCACGACGAAGAACUACACCUGGUCGGCGCUUAUCGGCGUGCUGAUCUGCGGCGUGCUCUACAUUCUCGUGUGCGUGUUCGGCUACUUCGAUUUCGGCAGCAAGAACCUCCUCGGCAAGUCGCUGCUGCUGAUGUACCACCCGCUGGAGGAGGCGGACGUGAUGAUCGCGUACGUUGGCGUCAUGAUCAAGCUGUGCGUCGCGUACGCGCUGCUGAUACUUUCGGCGCGCAACUCACUCUACUACUUGAUCGGCUUCCAGCACCGCUACCGCAACCGCCCCGACGCCGCGGCGGCCCUGUGUGCCCCGUCGACUCCAUCAUUUGACAAUGUCACGAUGGAGCGUGUCGAAGAUGCGGACGACAUGGUGCAGCAGCCGUCAGUGAAGGCAGCAGUCACCGAUGAGGUGUGUGAGGUGAGGACGAUGGACGGGCAGCACGAGACCACGCAGGAGGGCGUGGAGAAGGGGCAACCGGGCGCUGACAACGAUGGUGUGCCGCUGACGGUGGAUGAGGUGGAUAAAGAUUUUGAAGACAACACCACGGAAGACACCACCUACGUCGACAAUAUCCCGUUCUGGAAGCAUCUCAUUGUCGUGCUGUCGCUCUCCGCCGCGUCGCUGCUGUGCGGCCUGUUCAUUCCGAACAUCAACACCGUCUUCGGCUUUGCGGGGUCGAUCAGCGGCGCGUGUAUGGCCUUCGUGUUCCCUGCGCUCUUCUUCAUGUACUCCGGCAACUUCAGCGUGGCGCAGGUGGGCUGGUUCACCUACCUCAACACCUACAUCCUGCUGCUCUGCGGUGUGGUCGGCAUCGUGUUUGGCACCGGCGGCACGAUCUACGACACAAUUUGA